AUGCAGAGGAUGUCGUGUAACACAUUCAAUACCUUCAGCGUGCUGGAGCACCUACCCCAGGACGACCCCUGCGCUGCGCCCGGCAAGACUGCCGCUGGUGCUGCUCUGCUGCCGCAAGGGCGUGCAGGCGGUGCGCUUGCUGGGGGCGCGAAGCAUGCCCCCCUGAUCCAUGGGCAGCCAGGAAACAAGGCGGCGCGGCUGAGGGAGAAGGGAGCGCCGCCAGCACGCAGCGCAGGUGCAAUCGCGGCGCGCGCCACACCAGAUGCUGCGCCCCACCUGCCGCGCCCCACCGCCGCGCAGGCGGCGGCGGCGGCGGUGGCGACGGCGGCGCCGCCCAACGCCUACUCGCGGCAGCAGCGCGCCGCGCAAACGCGCUGCCACGGCCCUGCUCCCAUGGGCGAGGCCGCACGCGGCACGGGCGCCAGGCGCGAGGUGGCCGCGCCCCUCCGCGCGCCACUCCCU